AGGCCUCGGAGGCGAUGCCAAUCCUUUUGGCCAUGCUGAUGCUUAGAGGGCCGAACCUCCAGUUGGUGCGAUCAGCGGCACUGGAGGUCUUGAGCAGCUUACCAGACAGCUCGCCGAGGAAGCUCUCAGCCUUCCUAGCUGCAGGGGGCCUCUUCGUGCUGCUCUCCAUGCUGUCGCCCUCUACCAAACAGGGCCAUGAGGCGGAGGUGGAACGUGCAGCCCAGCUGUUUGAAGAACUCCUUGCCCAGCACGGUGGAGUCUUGGCACCAUUGCUCGAGGAAUGCAAUCCAUCAUCCCUCUUGCAGAAGCUGGCGAAAGAUUCUCGCUCUUCAGCCAAGACGAAGCAACAUGCUUUAGCAGGCAGACGCGUCUUGGAGAGGGGAGAGACUCUGGGCCGUCCUCCACGGGGUGACGUCAGGGCCGAACGGAGGCUCCAGUCUGCUGGUGCUGCGGUAGCAGGAGGUUAUUCGCCUCCCUCAGGCCGCAGCAGCCGUGCAUCUUCCCCUAACCCACUCUUGCCUGGUGGCGUCACCUUGCGGCUACUGCUUGAUCAGAGAGAGCAUUCUUCAGAGUCUCUAGCCCAAGCGCUGGGCGAAUUUCAGGGAAAGGUGUUGAAAGCUUCGGAUGUGGUCCUUUGUGAGCUGUCCGCGGACAGUGGCCUAGCCGAGCUGGCCGCUGCAGCGGCGCGCGGUGGGUUCACCCCAGCGCUGCCACGGCUCAGCACAAUCUUGGGGAAGUUCGCAGGCCACCCCAAGGCUAGGGCCAUUUGUGGGUCCUUGCUGCUGAAAUACUUGAAGUUCUCGGAGAUACCGGAGGUGCUGCCAUUUUCGUGGGCUCAAUUGCCUUCAGCCAUGAGGAGUGCCUUGCUGGAGAUUCUUGAAGAAGGGAUACACGCCGACACUGCCAAGGCUCUACGCAGUGAAGAUGCAAGAGCUGUGCUGGCUCUAUUGCAAGAUCAAUCAACACCGGACUUGCAGGCCUUUGCCCUGAGAGUUCUGCGCAAUCUCUUUGACCCCGGGCGGAAGGGUGACGCCGACGUGGUGCGAUUCGUCCCACAAGCGCUGAGUGGGGCGCUGACAGCUGCGAUGCCAGCGCAUCCCGUGCUUGGCUUGGAGGUCCUUGGCACCCUAGCUUUGAAAGAGGACUUCCGCGCAUACUUUGCAAACCAGCAGCCCUUGACAAAGUUCUUGGCACACUGCUGCCUACAGCCAGACACUUGCAAAGGUUCAGAUGUCGCAGCUGUACAAAGAGCCGCAAGCAGGUGCCUCGCCCAUCUGGGUGUGAGCAGCGCUCAGCGGCACCAAGUAGUGGCACUGAGAGGUCUCUUUGGAUCCACCGCCGAUCUGACAGUGAAAGCCUACCUAGGCAUUGCUCUGGGCAUCGAGCAUGAGACCCAACGGACCCAACUCUUUCCAGGCCGCCUUGCGGAGCUCUAGAGGCCGCUCGUUGAACUUGUCCAAGUCUGGCAGGUCAGGUACAUCCCAAAAAGGGAUGUGACAGCGACACAAGAUGAAGGAUUC